AUGUGGACGCUAUGCUCGCAGUGCCGCUCACGCGUCGCAUGGCCGUUCCUGGGAAGCACAUUGUCUGCGGCACCCGUGCGAACCACACAGCCUGUCAGGCCGCCCGGUGCAGGUCGGCAUUUCGCCAUGCGUAUUCCCACCAGUCGUCACCAAUUCCAGCUGGACGUGCCAGAGGACAUCCAGCCUAUCACGCUGGCAAUCGUUGGGCGGCCCAAUGUGGGCAAGUCCACGUUGUUCAAUCGCUUGCAGUCCGGUACUCGGCGGAAGAAGCGCGAGCUGGACCACAGGGCUAUCAUCAGCGACCGCGCAGGCACAACGCGGGACCGCAAAGACGCGCUUGCCGUUCUGUAUGGGCUCCUGCUCCGCAUCAUCGACACGGGAGGACUCGAGAGCCCAAAGGAGACAUCUGCGAACACGUUGCUGCAGUCUAUGCAGGAGCAGGUCUGGAAGGCAGUUGCGGAGGCGCAUGCGAUCCUGUUCCUCAUCGACGCACAGGAGGGAAUCACGCCCAGCGACUAUGCCAUUGCAAAGAUGCUGCGCGAGGGAGCCGGAAACGCAGAUCGCUACAGGGACCUCUUCAAGACGGAGACGCCCCGAGAUGUGCCGAUUAUCCUCAUCGCCAACAAGGCGGAGAAUACCUUCAUCGGCCCCUACUUGAACGACUGCUACGAGCUUGGCGUUGGAGAUCCAGUGAUCAUCUCUGCCAAGCAGAAUCAGGGCAUGGAUGAUCUCCAUGACCGCCUCCUUCUAGAGGUUGGACACCUACAGCGCGUCGAAGAGGAAAACCCCGGCACAGCCUUUAUGCAGACGGAUGAAGAGCGUGAGUACAUGCAAGGUCUUCAGAUGGAGGAAGACGAGGACGAGGAGCCGGAGGUGGAGGAAGACGAGGAUGAAGAGGAGCUCAGUGAGCAGAGUGACGCGGAGAGCGGACCACCACCAGGGCCCACCUUGCCUUGGCUGACCUUGGACAUGCCUGAAGCGAAGUGGAACUCGCUGAGGUACUAUGCUCAUCAUCCUGCCGACCCUCUUGGGGCACUGGAUCCUGGGCUCAAGGCAGCUGUGAUGCAUGAUGACGGCAGACGGGUUGGCAAGUAUUGGCUUGACGCUCCACAGCGCUCCCUGCCAACAAAGGAGGCGAGAGACUACGUGCUGCGGCAGCGCCGCCUCGAGGAGAUGGACAACGCCAUGAAGGUGGCGAUUAUUGGGCAGCCAAAUGGUGGGAAGUCAAGCAUCAUCAACGCCCUUUUGCAGGAAGAACGCUGCGUCGUGGACGAGGCUGAUGGUACGACCAUGGAUUCCAUCAUCACGAACUGGACCUUCAAAGAACAUCCCGUAAAGCUGAUCGACACGUGUGGGAUCUACAGGGGUUGGCAGUACUCCGGUACAACCGCAGAGUUCGUCCAGCCUGGCAUGGGUACGCGCAAAGCAAUCCGGCGAGCACACGUUUGCGUGCUCUGCCUGGAUGCACAGCGCUACUCCAAGAUGACACACAACAGUUGCCCGAACAAGUUCGAGGUCAAUUUGGGCAAUUUCGUCGCGGAGGAGGGUAAGUGUCUCAUCGUCGCCAUCAACAAGUGGGAUCUGAUACACGAGAACGAUCAGCCCAAAUAUAGAGAGGAGAUCCUCAAGAGGAUUGCAGAGUCCUUCGCCUCCAUAAGAGGGGUUCCGGUGGUGUUCCUCUCGGCCAAGUACAACCUGAACCUGCCGAUGCUUAUGACGCGUAGCCUGGCGCUCUAUAAGAGGUGGAGCGCGCGACUACCUACAAGCAGGCUAAACAGCUGGCUUCAGGCUUGGAUGCUUCGAUGGCCUCCGCCAUGGCGGAAUGGGCAGAAGUGCAGCGUCAAGUACAUGACCCAGACACGCGCCAGGCCACCGACCUUUGUGCUUUGGACGAACUCUGCCUACGGCGAGUUCCCGAGGAACUACAUCAAGCAGAUGCAGAAUGCUAUGCGCGAUGAAUUCCGAAUCAGUGGGGUGCCCCUGAGCUUCAACAUUCGUUCGACUUUGAUGCCAAAGCCCCGCAAGAAGCUCUCAAAGAAAGAGAUCUUGAAGUGGAAGCGCAUGGGCCCAAAGCAGGCAAAGGUUGCAGAGAACCUCAACUCCAAGAAGAUGCCAAGGCCUUUGCGACAAGUCGACUGA